AUGGCGCUGUCCGUGCUAGGGAAACAUGCUGUCAUCACCGGCGGUGGUUCAGGGAUCAAUCUUGCGUUUGCAAAGAAGCUCCUCUCUCGCGGGUGUUCCGUCUUAAUCGGAGACUUGGGCCUUCGGCCAGAAGCCCAAGAGCUUCUGAAGCAAUAUCCACACGAGCCGUCGAAGCCGCCAUCUGCUUCCAGGCCGGCUGCACUAUUCAAGAAGACAGACGUGAGAUCGUGGCCACAGCUUACAGAAUUGACCCAGGCAGCUGAGGCUGCUUUCCCACAAGUUGACAUUGUCGUGCCGGGCGCUGGAAUCUUCGAUCCCAAAUGGAGUUCUUUCUGGGAGCCGCCAAAGUCGGCAACAAAUCCAGAUAGCCCAUCAAGAGAUGACGCGCAUGGCGAUCCGGGCCAUUAUGCCGUGCUUGACAUCAAUUUGAUACACCCCAUACGGCUGAGCCAGCUGGCCAUUGCCUAUUGGACCUCGCGGCGAAUCCCGGGCUCGCUUCUCCUGGUCGGCAGCAUGGCUGGUUAUUUAUACGGCAUCGGGACGCCUCUGUAUUUUGCUAGCAAACAUGGCAUUCACGGGUUUGUUCGAAGUCUCGGUUAUUUACGAGAGACGACUGGCAUUCGCACGGCGGCGAUUGCGCCAGGCGCUGUAAAUACACCACUAUUAACUGACCAUCCAGAAGUAAAGAGCAUGUUCAGGGCGGACUUGGCAGCCAGCGCUGAGGAUAUUGCAGAAGCCAUGUUGGAAUUGCUGGAGAAUCCUCAAUAUGGCGAUGGGACGAUAUUUGAGGCAACUGCUAAAGGGACGAGGGUUGUGCCCGCGUUCAAUGCCCCUGCGCCAGAUCUCAAGGAUGGAGCUGUAGCAGCGUACCAGGCUGAGGUAGAGAGGCGAUUGAUCAAGAAGAUUACGGAGGGGGGUCUCAAGGUUUAA